AUGAACCCAAAUUAUGCCUCACAACCCCAGUUUCCAGGACAACAAUACAUCAAUGAUCCAAUGGCCAAUAUGGCAGUCCAGUACGGAAGCUCCUUGGCUGGCCAGGGCCGUGAUCUGUUGGAUAAAAAUUUGGAGAAGUAUGUCAGCACGUCUAAGAUUAAAUACUACUUUGCAGUAGAUACAGCUUACGUUGGGAAGAAAUUAGCACUACUCACAUUUCCUUUCACCCAUUCUGAUUGGUCAAUUAGAUACAACGAAGACGAACCCAUCGCACCGAGAUACGAACACAAUGCUCCCGAUCUGUAUAUCCCAGUCAUGGCUUUCGUCACUUAUUUAUUAACUGCAGGACUAGUUUUAGGAACUCAAGACAGAUUCACUCCAGAACAAUUAGGUAUUCAAGCCAGCUCAGCAUUAGUUUGGAUCGUUAUUGAAGUGUUAGCCAUGACUUUGGCAGUUUAUAUCAUGAAUAUGAACACUGAAUUGAAAUAUCUGGACACGUUGGCAUACUGUGGAUAUAAAUAUGUUGGUAUGAUAAUGAGUCUUAUUGCUGGACUUCUGUUGAAAUCGAAUGGUUACUAUGGUGUUUUAGCAUGGUAUGGACUUUGCAUCGUGUUUUUUCUUAUCAGAACUUUGAGAGUCAAAAUUUUGCCUCAUCAUCAGCCCCAAGAUGACUUCUCGCACGGAAGCAAAAGAAGCUUUUAUUUAAUUCUUGUCAUUUCAAUUAUCCAGCCUGUUAUGAUGUGGUGGUUAACCAGACAUAUCAUGUUUGGAAAAUAA